AUGGAGCAUGCUCGAGCCUAUCUAACCUUUGAUAUCAUUUGGAGGAUCCCGGAAGACUAUUUCCAGUACCGGUUUCUAUAUCAGAUGAACAUCACUGAUAUUGACGAUAAGAUUAUUCUCGAGGCUCUGAAGGGCGAGCUUGUGCGACGGUAA